GGUACCACAGUUGCAAUUUAAGCAAUAGUGAAGCUACAGACGACUGUUUGUUUCCGGUUUUUCGCGUAAUAUUCAAUGUGAGAUUGUGUGUGAGUGCACAGAGCACAGUGCAGGCAGUCAAGGUAAAUAUCUUUUGAAUGGCUGGACAAAUACUAAAACGUUGGGCUGAUGCCUUGGUUCAUUUUGAGUAUGUGUACUUGAAUGCAUUUUUAAGGCAGCCUCAUACUCCACAAUGGAUUCCCCUAUUGGUGCAGCCAACUCAAGAAUUAGUUCAUAAAAAUGAAUCAUUCAACAUCAACAGUAUUUUUGAUGGAUUCCUGUGGGGUGUUCCCACCUGCAGAAGAAGUGCUGAGAAGCGUAUGAUGAGAAAAUAUGGUUCUCCCCAAUGGCAUAAUAAGCUCAUUCUUCCAAGAAAAGAUAUUAAAGUUUGUGGAACAUGUGGACACUAUCAUGAAGAAAAAUGUUUAUGCCCCAACUGUUAUUCCAAAGUAAAAGCUGAAACAACUAUUCUGCAAGAACAAAUGAUUAAAGAGUUGGGUAUUAAUCCGGUAGAGAAAGAAGUUGCCAUUGUAUAUCAAGGAGAGAAAAAUCAAUUCAAUGAUGAAUUCUUCAAGGACAACAAAGUUAUUGAAGUGGAGAAACCUCGACCGAAAUGGUUUAGUAAAAAUCUGCUUCAGAAAUCAAAUGCAAAUGUUACCAUUGAAACUUCAACUAUAAAGCCUCAUGAUUUAGGCUAAUUAGUAGUUACUAUUUGUGUGAGACUAAGAAUAGUGUUUAGAAAAUAAAGUGAUUUUGGUCAAAGAA